AUGGCGACGUUAGAGAAUUUCUUCCUUGUCAUGACUCUCCACCCCGAAGUCCAAAAGAAAGCCCAAAAAGAACUCGAUGAUAUCGUAGGAAACGACCGUCUUCCUACAUUCAACGACGGACCGUACCUUCCAUACAUUGAUUGUAUCAUCAAGGAAAUCUGGCGGUGGAAUACAGCAGUUCCCUUCGCGGCCCACAGUCUCAGCAAAGACGACGAAUACAGAGGCUACUUCAUCCCAGCGAACACUGUCGUUAUGGUGAACAACUGGGCGUUGACCCAUAAUGAGGAAUGGUAUCCCGAUCCUAUGGCAUUCACAUCUGAACGGCAUAUGGAACCGAGGCGCUCGUCGCUUCCCCAGCCGCCCCCAGAUCCCUGGACAUUGGCUUUUGGAUUCGGUAGAAGAAGUUGUCCUGGCAUCCAUCUUGCUGAGAGCUUUCUUUAUAUUGUUGUGGUCACUACGCUGGCAACCUUUUCGAUCCUCCCUGAAGUCGCCGCGGAAGGGAACGCUGUUCCGCCGACAGUGGAACAUCUUAGCGGCGCCAUCAGAAUUGUCCCUCGGUCGCCUGGUGCCGCCGAAUUACUGCUCCUGGCCACUUCGUAG